UCCAAUGUAAGGAGAGUGUAGCUGUCAACCCCCAGAAAAGCAAAAGUGCAAAGGAGAAAGAGGACGACUAGGAGGAUGAACCAAAGAGAAAUAAGAGGAUGAACAACAGAGACAGUGAGAGAGAGGAUGGCACCAAGCAAGGAAUAACUCUGACCAAUUAUAAUUGAAGCCAUCAAUCUAUUUGCCUUUGGUUUUCUGCUACAAUAGUGCAUCGUAAAAGGUUCACAUUUGACCACGCUUUCGAACGACGUCGAAGGCUCAAUAAAUCUCCUCCCUGCCUCGCCCCCCCUCUCCUCCAAACCUAAGCCUACAAGAGGCUUUGGCCAUUGCGUCCACCUUCGUUACACCACACAACAUCUUUCUUCCUCGCUUCUUCUUCUCCUCUCCUGUUUGCUUUUGAGGCAGUAGAAUGAAUUUCCUGUCGGUUGAUCAGAUAUCUGAGUUCCAAGAGGCCUUCUGCCUCUUUGACAAGGAUGGAGACGGCUGCAUUACCAUCGACGAAUUAGCCACUGUAAUCGGAUCAUUGGGUCAGAACCCGACUGAAGAAGAGCUGAAAGAUAUGAUCAUGGAGGUUGACAUCAACGGCAAUGGCACCAUAGAAUUCACAGAGUUUCUGAACUUGAUGGCUCGAAAGAUGAAGGAGACUGAUGCUGAAGAGGAAUUAAGAGAAGCUUUUAAGGUGUUUGACAAAGACCAGAAUGGAUACAUCUCAGCCAGUGAGUUGAGGAAUGUGAUGCUCAACCUUGGGGAGAAGAUAACAGAUGAGGAGGUCCUCCAAAUGAUCAAGGAAGCUGACACCGAUGGUGAUGGACAAGUGAACUUCGAGGAGUUCUCCAGGAUGAUGAUGGCUGUCUGAGCUUGUGAUGUGCAGAGCAUCUAAUCCAUAAACUCAAAAUGAGAAGUUUGGCUUUGUUUUUUUGUUCUUUCUGGUGUCAGCGUAAAAUACUUGGUUGUUUUUUCUUCUAUUUCAACACAUUCUUGAUGAUCUUCUUGUUGGUUAACAUGGAAUUGCAGAAGA